AUGACCUACCAAUAUGUGUCCCUCUAUCGCCAAACUUUGGCAGAGCGUCAAACGCGAUAUAAUGCUGCGAUAGCAUCUGGCCAAUCCACCCCCUUUCUUUACCCGUGGGAUACCUUGCCGGCCCUAUAUCUUCUCAUUGCAAUAGCGGUGACUCCACGGAUUCCACCAGCGCGGGCCAAGGCUAUCCGAUACAUCUCCUUCCUUCUCGUGCUCCUACACUCCGCUUAUAUUGUUUCUCACCGACGCACGCUUUCGUUUGCCAGUGGGUAUAUGGUGGGAAUAGCCAACGCCUGGGGCGUCAUUAUGUCCGCUGCUCUUCUCGUCUUCAAUGACGUCGCGAAAGAUUUCAACAGAUUGGAAACUAGACCAGUCGAAUUGGCAGGCACGGGCAGUUGCCAAGAUGGGGUUGUGGCUACAUCUGCUGUGGACCUUGCUUCCUCUAUCGACCUGACUAUGCGAAAAGUCCCAGGAUUGUCUUCUUCGAUGGGCACAAAGCAGCUCUCCUCCGUGAGGGCUGACAAGCUCUCUACGCGGCCAUACAAACUGGUGUGGCAAGGCUAUCCUCUCCGCUCAGACUGGUCACAUGUCGUUGACUGGGCGGCGGACCUGAUCACGAACUUCCGCGGCGUGAAUUGGAACCAUCGAAUUCCAACACUGGGGAAAGUCGAUGCUCCAGUCCCGUCAAUGCCACAAAAGCAGACCUCGACCGUCAGCGUGGAAGCCGAGAGCAGGCCAACUGCGGUACCGCCACAGACUCUACGAUCACUCCAGCUUCGGAGCCUCCAAUACUUCAGCGUCACCUACGUCUUGCUAGACUUCCUGAAAACGACAAUGAUGACAGAUCCUUACUUUCUUGGAUUAGAACCAUUGGAAUCGCCCACACCAUGGCCGUGGCUUGCCCGGCUGAACCAUCACAUUCCCGUUGCAACGCGUUGUGUCCGGCUAUUGACGUCUAUGGCAGGGGUCGUCACAGCGCUGACCUUCAUCUUCACUCUGAGCCCUCUCUUCUUUGCCUCUAUCCUACCAGCCUUUAUGGACGUCUCGAAGAUCACUAGGUCACCGCUCCUAGAACCUUGCAUGUAUCCGCCUCAAUGGCACCCACUCGCAGAAUCUCUGUUCCAUUCUGGUCUGGCUGGCUUUUGGGGCAAUUUUUGGCACCAGAUGUUUCGGUUUGGAUUCUCAGAACCGUCACGAGUGUUGAUCGAAAGACUCGACAUUGAGCGGCGGGGGGAUGCUGCGCGAACUAUCCAACUUGUAGUAGCAUUUUUCUUGUCGGGUUCAAUUCAUGCUGCGGGAAGCUACACUACGUUCUCGCUCGAGACUUCGCACCCAUUUUCGGGAUCAUUCCUCUUCUUUUUUGCCCAAGGGUGUGGUAUAUUGCUACAAUCAUGGCUGGUCAGGCUCAUAUUCCAAUACGUUCCUCAAAUUAAAUCACUCCCGCAAGUCGUCCGGCAGACAACGAAUCUUGUGUUUGCCGGGCUUUAUCUUUACUUCACCGGUCCACUUCUGACCAGCGACAUCGCCCGUUGCGGAGUGUGGUUAUUCGAGCCUGUUCCAAUCAGUCCACUUCGAGGACUAGGUUGGGGACCGGGUGGGAAGGAUGAGGGGUGGUGGGCGUGGUAUCAGGAAGGAUCGAAGUGGAUAGGUUGGUGGCCGGGCGAUCACUGGUGGCAGAGAGGGAUGGCGAUUUAUUAG